UUAUCGUAACAGCAUUCAUUGAUGGUAGUAGCUAAGAGAUUCAAAGUCCGUAAAAUUGAAUUUUAAACUAAAAAAAGUGUUUUCUCACAAUUUUCUAAUUCCUUUAAUAAUUUCUUAAAAGCAUAAACGUUUUUAAAUAAUCUCGUGAAUUUUUCUGCUAAAAUAAGAAUAUGUCGUCGAAAAUGUCACAUGCAGAUGAGCCGUGUGCCAAACGCUGCAAAGAGUCCAUUAAAUCUGAACUCCAAAAAAUCAGUUCAUAUCAUAUUUUACAAUUAAAUAACGAUUGCUUACUAACCAUUUUCGAGUACUUGAACAUUGAAAGUUUAUGUCACAUUGCCAAUGUAUGUACACGAUUCAAAGGAGCAAGCGAAGAAUUAUUUAGUUAUAAAUAUAAAAGUUUUGAGUUUAAAAACUCCAACAUUAAAUUACCUUUGCUUCGUCGUGUUCUUUGUAAAUUUGGUCAUUAUAUUCAAUCUCUUCGUGUUGAAUGUCUCGAGACUAUUUCGAAUUUGCAAUUAGCAAAAUAUUGUUCGAUAAAUUUGAAGCAUCUAUCUUUACGCUCUGUGAAAAUAACCCAUGAUGAAAUUGUCCCAUUAGUUCCACAUUUGGAAUGUUUGGAAAUACGUUUUUGUCAAAUGGAUGCUCACGGAGAUUGGAAUAAAGUAUUUAAUAAUGCUCCAGAACUCGAAAAGCUAGUGUUCAAAAUGAAAAACGGCCAUUCAAAAUGGGCAGACAAUAUGUUAAUGCGACACAUGCCAAAAUUAAAACACAUCGAAUUGGAUUGUUGUGAUCUACAUUCCGAUCAACUUUCCGGUAUAUUACGACUCAAUCCACAAUUAAAACAAUUGAUCAUCACGACAUUUAUAAAUGAUGAAUUUAUUGAGGCCAUCGUUGAGAAUGUAAAAGAUUUGGAGGAAUUAACAUUUGGAUCGAAGGAAGCAAAACAAACCGGACAUCACAGUGCCAAAGGUCUUCUUCGGCUGAGCGAACUGAAAAAUUUAACGAAGCUAGGUAUUAAUGAUUUUCGGUGGGUAGGUUAUGAAGAUUCACUUUCUUUACUGGUAAAAACAUUUAUCAACAAAAACAUUUUACUCGAAGAAUUAUCAAUAGAAAGUCGUUCAUUCGAUUUAACGGUCGUUGACGAUUUAGUUAAUAUGAAAACAUUACGAAAACUCCGUUUAGGCGGAUUUGAUAUCACAGCUACUGAUCUCAUUGCUUUAACGGCUGAAUUACCUUUGCUAUCCAAAUUGACGAUAUCGUACAAUUUUAAUGGAACGAUUAAUGUCGGCACCUUGAUUACAAUGAUAGAGAUCAGAAAGGAAUUAGACUACUUGAGUUUUGAUGGUGAUUGCUACUUUAUAAUAACAGAACAAGAUUACAAUUCGUUGGUACAAGCCGUUUUAAAUACUGGCAUGAACAGAAAAGUCAAGAUUCAGGUGGAGAAUAAUGAUAAAUUUGAUUUAAGAGUUCAUGAAAGCACUUUGCUCGCAAAUAAAAACCAUCUUGAAUUGGAAAGCAAAAAUAGCAAAUACUUCGAUGUAUACUCAUUGACAGUACCCGAAGAUAUAAUUAAGUUGCUAAAACCAUUAUCGACAUAAGAGAUCGACACAUUAUUUAAUUUUGUUAGAACCACUUUAAUAUUUAGAUUAAUAAACUAAUAAUAUUGCACAAAUAGUAAUAUAUUUGAAAUUUAUGUACAUGUAUUCAAGAUUUUCAUAAUUUACUUUACCAAAUGGGUUCUGAACAACAAUGGAUGGUAACUAUUGCAUUUUGGAUCUUUCAUGGAGUUUUCACCAUAUUUUCAUAAAUCCACAUAAUAUUUAUUUUUAAGUACUCACUAUCUUACUCUUACUGCAUUAUCAUCUAAU